CGCGAGGGCUGUCGGGAAAGACUGCCAGCCUACAUAAGCAGCCUGCGGGGCGUUCCCUCGCGCUCCGGUCGGCGUGCGGGUGUCGGUGAAAGGGUGUGUUCUGCCUGUUGAGACUACGCGUCCGAAACGAUGGCGGAGGGGGAUAACCGCAGCAGCAACCUGCUGGCUGUGGAGACUGCAGGUCUGGAAGAGCAGCUGCAAGGAUGGGGAGAAGUGAUGCUGAUGGCUGACAAAGUCCUUCGAUGGGAAAGAGCAUGGUUUCCACCUGCCAUCAUGGGUGUUGUUUCCCUGCUGUUUCUGAUUAUCUAUUAUCUCGAUCCAUCUGUGCUGUCCGGUGCUUCCUGUUUUGUUAUGUUUUUGUGCCUGGCUGACUACCUUGUUCCCAUUCUAGCACCGAGGAUUUUUGGCUCUAAUAAAUGGACCACUGAACAACAGCAAAGAUUUCAUGAAAUCUGCAGUAAUCUAGUAAAAAUUCGACGAAGAGCUGUGGGCUGGUGGAAACGCCUCUUUUCGCUAAAGGAAGAAAAGCCUAAAAUGUACUUUAUGACCAUGAUUGUUUCUCUUGCUGCGGUUGCUUGGGUGGGACAGCAAGUCCACAACCUGCUUCUCACCUACCUGAUUGUGACUUUUGUGCUGUUGCUUCCUGGAUUAAACCAACACGGAAUCAUUUUGAAGUACAUUGGAAUGGCCAAAAGGGAGAUAAACAAGCUUCUCAAGCAAAAAGAAAAGAAAAAUGAAUAACGCAGCUUCAGUGGAGUGAGCCCUGCCCCUGGGAACAGUUGUACAGUGCUGUUUGGAUACUAAAAUGUUAUAGUGGCUCUUUGCUUCCUUACUCUGCCCUUGUUAGUAGAGAUUCACACAGGCCAGGCUUUGUACUGUGUCUAGUGCCAGGUGUAGCUGGGUGUAUUCCCAUCAGUAUAACUUGUUUUAUUGAAUUUUUAUUUUUAUCAACUUCCUUUAAAAAACUAAAGUGGUGAACUUUGCUCUUUUGAACAGUGAACUGUGAUUUUGGUUAAUUGUUGAUGUUUGCUUUAGCUAUAUUCAAGGUAGUGGUCUGUGGCUACAGGAAGCUGGUUCUACUGUCCGCCUCCACAGUCUGCUUAACAUUGUAUCUUUGUUAGUACAGAGACCAGGUUUACCACUUUCAAUGAAGAGACCACUUAAGAUUCAUUCCUGAUUUUCCACUGUGGGAGAAUAUCCAUGUGAUAGUAUAAAAUUCCACACCCUAGUUAAUAGAUGAGUUCUUCUGUUGUAUGAAAUGUAGCAGGUGUAGGAAGCAUUGCCCCUUUGCUCACAUGAGGAAUCUGUCAGUCUAGACUGACCUCUCAUUCCCUUUGCACUGCUUUUGAACAACAAACUUCCAGAAGAUUGUAUUUGGAAAUCUUAGCAUUCUUUUGUUCCAGAUUUUCAGCUGACUUAAAAUGUCUGGGACUUUACUCCUAGGCCAGCCAAGGAUAUAAAUGCCUCCUUUGUUCAUUCAGAAAACUAGAACAUCUAUUACUUUUUAAGACCAGAAAAAAAAAACAAAACAAAAAAAAAAAAAACCCUUUAAAAGUAAGCCCGGAAAUUCUCAUAUAUUCUCACCCCACCUGCCCGGUGAUGCUGGCUGUAUUUUAGUGGCUCUAGGUUUACACGUGGAAGCAGUGUCUACACUGGUGUUUGACUUUCCCUUUGCAGGGUUGUAGCUGAGAGCAGACUGCUGAUGGGUGACUGCUCUGUGUAGCAUUUGUAACUCCUUAAGCUUACUGUGAUCACAUGCCCUUUCAGUAGAUUGACUUUUAGAGCAGUUGAAAUCUUCAGAACUGAACCUCUGAGGGCCAAAAUAGGACACAUUUGGGAACAACUUUUCAACCCAUGAACUCUCUGUAACAUAGUUUGUGGAUCCAUUGCACUGAUGCUGUGAAGCCUGCACCUUGUGCAUCUGCCUCUGUUUCUCACCUCCUAGCACUGUAAACAGUGGCACCUGUUGGAGCAUGUGUUUGUUUUUAAUGUUUCAUGACAUCCACCUUAAUUUUACAUGUUUUCUUGUAAAUAAGCCUGUCUUCCUACCUGGAAUUUUGUGUGUGUGUAUGUGUGAACAAUACAUGUUCUACCAAUUAACUACUUUGGCAGUUUUGAUCAUUUCUUCUACUUUGUUUUGUGUAAAAGGGGAAAAAUAAAAACAAAAAUGCUGGGA